CCAAAGGGCUCUGCUAAAGCUCACCCCACCCUUCAGUCAACUUUACCUGUUCCUCUCUCUACCUGUGCAGGCUCAGCAAAAAGAGAUACACAACUGCCACACAGGAGAGGGAGAAACAACCCCAGAAACAUUUCUAUUUUCCUUAAACCCACAGAAGGGCUUUCAAUAAAGUUAGAAAUGAAGCAGCAAAUGCCUAUAGGUUUCUCCAUGCCAGGAGGUUACUGAGAUGCUGUGGGAAUUUACUGUGCACUCUAUGCCCUGCAUCCUGCACUAACCAUCAGUGAGGAUACAGCCCUCCUGGAAAAGAGUUGCACUCCUAACUUCAGAGUGAGAGUGUCCACAUAGGACAUGCUUCCAGACGUUGCCUCUGGACAGAACUGUUGCUUUGUAGACUGGCUUUCAAUCUCGUGACUAAAGGGGGUAUUAAAUUAGUGAGAGAAAAGUUAUUGGAAGAGUUGACAGCACUGUGUUUUAGUCCCUGGACUGCUUUUGUUUCCUGAUGUGCAUUUGCUGAUGCAUAGAGACCACCAGGCACUGUUCUGGAUGGGAGAUAUCUAGCCUGGGAAGGAUUGCUAGAGGGAUAACCACCAAAGCUUGUGUGCAGCAAGUCAGUUCUCAGGUCAGCAGAGUCUUCCGCACAAAUCUCGCUCUCCUGCCGCCGGUUCUUUGAGACCUUCACCAAAGCCAGAAGGCAUCUCUGAUUCUGCCUCCUCGCUGGGCCAUUCCUGAUGUGGAAUCAGAGGCUCAGCUUGACACAUACAUGAAAUACAAGACCUUCAGACACUUGAUAUGUCACAAAUAUUUUUAAGAGAGCCCCAAAUGCUCAAGCAUCUGACUGUGUGUGUGGGGAGGUGGUGGUAGGGUGGUGUGACAAAAAGCACCUCUCUUGACAGGCAGAUUAUUCUCUAUUUAUCAGUAAGGGGCAUGUAAAAAGUCCCUGGGAAGCAUUUGGUGCCCUUUAGGACAAGGCUGCAGCUGUGCUGGGCCCCCAGUCGAAGCCAGCAGAGCAAGCUCUGUGUGAUUUGAAGAAGUGGAAGACCCUUCUCCACAUGAACUCUGCUUUGCCAGAUUAAGCUUGAAGGAGUCAGAAAUAUGCCCUUUGUUGGUUGAAUUGUCCUUCUUCUUGCACAGAAAAAGCUUUCCAGGGCCAGGCUGGAGUAACUGUGGGGCAAGCCUGUCUCUUUUGGUUUGGGGAAGGCUUAGACUGUAGAAUGAUCUCUGUGGGAAGAUGUGCAAAGGAACAGUGGCAGCAGUGACUGGAAGGGACUGCGCGAAGCCAGCAGCGAAUGCAUCCUGUCGGCAUGGGGAGGGUGGCACAGGGAGAGGCUGAGAAUGGAGAGGGAGGAAUGAGAUCCAUGGUCUUUAAAGGAAAAACAACGGGAAACCAGGUUUGAAAAUAGAAAGAUUAGGCUGGAGGGGGUGGGAGAGACAAGAAAAGUAGGUGAAGAAAGAAGAGGGGGAAAGGCAGAGAGGCAGUGGGGAAGACAGAAAGUGACACAGAAAAGGGGUGGAGAAAAAGAGAGGAAGAGAGAGAGAGAACCAUAUUAAAGGAAUGAAACGAAGCGACUGAGGAGGACAAGGAGUUCAACUUAACUACCAAAAGGAAAAGUGCUAAAGGAAGGAAAGGAGACUGAAGACAAGAUACUGGAAAUCAGGGGCUUGCAGCCAGUUCUCAAGACUUCUCACCCCUCCUGGUGAGCAGAAAUGGGGGAGUGGACUUUCCUGGGAGACUUCCUCGAGAAGGUCCACAAACACUCCACAGUGGUGGGGAAAGUCUGGCUGACCGUGCUCUUCAUCUUCCGGAUGCUGGUGCUGGGAACAGCGGCAGAGUCCUCCUGGGGGGAUGAGCAGUCUGACUUCAUGUGCGACACCCAGCAGCCCGGCUGCGAGAACGUCUGCUACGACAAGGCCUUCCCCAUCUCCCACGUCCGCUUUUGGGUCCUCCAGAUCAUCUUUGUCUCCACCCCCUCCCUGGUGUACAUGGGCCAUGCGAUGCACACGGUGCGCAUGGAGGAGAAGAGGAAGAUGAAGGAGGCAGAAUUAGAGGCCCAGGAGAAGAAAAACGGUGGUGACACAUACUACCAGCAGAAGUGCUCCAUGGCAGAGAAGGAGGCUAAGCUGGUUGGCUGGGAUGAAUCAGGAGGCCAAAUCAUACUGAGGGGCAGCCUGCUGAACACCUAUGUCUACAGCAUUUUGAUUCGAACUGCCAUGGAAGUGGCCUUCAUUGUGGGGCAGUACAUCCUGUACGGGAUCUUCCUGGAGACCCUGUACAUCUGCCAGCGGGCACCGUGCCCCCACCCCGUCAACUGCUACGUGUCCCGCCCCACGGAGAAGAACGUGUUCAUCGUCUUCAUGCUGGCUGUGGCAGUGCUCUCCCUCUUCCUCAGCCUGGCCGAGCUGUACCACUUGGGCUGGAAGAAAGCCAAAGAGAGGUGCUCUCGGUCCUACAAAGCCAGUCCCAGCACAGCCCCCGGCAGGCUGGAGUCUGCCCCACAGGCAGAGAGGGCACAGAUGUACACCCCACCGCCAGAUUUUAACCAGUGCUUGUCAAGUCCCAACGGGAAGUUCAUCAGCCCCUUCAGCAACAAGAUGGCCUCCCAGCAGAACACCGCCAACUUCGCCACCGAGAGGGUCCACGGCCAGGAGGAUGCUGCUGGGGAAGGGCCCUUCAUUAAGUCCAGCUACGUGGAGAGUCCAGAGGUGGCCAGCGAAUGUGCAGCACCUGCCUUCCCCGAGAACUACUUCAACGAGAAACGCCGGUUCAGCAAGGCCAGCCGUGCCAGCAGCAAGGCAAGGUCGGAUGAUUUGUCUGUGUGACCUGUCUCCAGCACGGAUGAGGAGAAGGAGCUGUCCCAGCACUCAGUAAAACUUCUGCAAAGUGGACUCCAAACUCUUGCCCCUAACCUCUCUGUUUUAAUAUCCUCUCUCGAUCCUUUCCAGCGAACUUCAUCGUUAAUACUGCAGACAGCACCUCUCACAGCUCAAGGCAGGGGCAGCCACAGGCACUGAAGAGAGACACCAAUCUCAGGAUAUGAAGCCCUCAGCCGUAUUUUCAUCAUGGGACCCACAGGGAUCAGAGACUCCCCACCCUUAGCCAGGUAGAGCACAGGCCAGCAGACUCCUGAGGCUGCCCAGUGGGUAUCCAACUGUGCCACUGUAUUCAACAGACCAACUGGACCUCUACUUCUCUGGUCUCUAUUCAACAUUUGCAACAUCAGCUUGGCAAUUAUACUGAGCUGAAGCUUUUCUCACCUGCCUGGAGCAGAAACACACCAGGAGGCUUUCUGAAAGAAAGAUUUUCUCAUCUGCUUCAUUUUGGCUCUUUCUAACCCUCCCUUUCUCUACCUGAGCCCAGAUAUUUUAUACCAGUUUACCUACACAAUAAAUCCUACUUGAAUUUUUUGACACUGUGUAUAUAACAACUCUUCCCCGUAAAUAAGGACACCCGUGGUCCCCAGCACACGGCUGCCUCGUGUCUAACAUUGGAAUCCCUUCCUCAUUCCUAAGUCAGCGCAGCAGACUGGCCCCAGGGAAAUCACUUAGAUGACCAGUUGAUGAAGACUGGGGAAUUUUCCCAAGAUACUCAUGUCAUCAAUCCUAAGCAAGGCAUCCAUUAACAGAAAUAGACUCUCCUGUGAGAAAAGAUAUCUUAUGAGUAUCAUGUGGAAACAAAGUGGUUUUCCCCUUUUUGAGACUCAUCUUUCAAGAAACCUGAAUGCUGCUGAAAGGGUGCUGCCAGCUACCCACUUGAGAGAAAAGCACCCUCUGUUUAUCUGCAGAAGAGGUACAGCCUGUGUCUUCACACCAACCUACCAAAACACUUCAGCAUCUUUUGCAAGCAGAAAGAGUCCUCCUCAGGUCCUGCACAUCAUUCAGCUCCUGCCUGCUCUCUCAAGCUUGCCAGCCAGCACAGGUCAAGUUAUUUGUCUCUGCUCUGCCACGAGGCCAUCCUCUCCACUCCAUCCCUAGCACACAUGGCAUUAGAAGCAACCCAUGGACUGGGUCUUUCCACUGCUGUAGCCUCUCAGAGCAACCACAGGGGCCCAAGGGUGCACUGUGAGCCUGGUGGGUGAGGUGUGCAGGCAGCUUCCCUUCAAGACACAUUUCCUCAGUGCAGAGCUGACAUCCCUCUGGUAAAGAUCUGCUAAACAGAGCCAAGCUGCUCCCUGUUGUUUACCCUGCACUGCCCCUUCAGACACAGGCCACAGCUUCCCAACACUGGACUGCACAAGUGAAUGGCCUGGGACCAGCUGAUGAGGGGACUGAGCCAUUCCCUCUCUUAAGGCCACUGAAAGUGAAUCCCUGCUCCUGAUACACAGCUUUGGUACAGCUCCCUGUGCAUAUAAAUACACAUUCACACUGAACGGGGGAAACCAUGUUUUUGUUUGCAAGUUUUUAUAUAUUUGUAUUUUUUAAUCCCGAAAAGACCUGUGUGUUUUCCUUAACGUGAGAUUUUAGUCAGUUGUGUCUAGGUUUCUCCUAAUAAAGUUCUAACUCCA